UCAAAACUGUAAGAAUUGGUUGGUUUUGCGUGCGGAUUCUGCGAAAUAUUUUCUAUUAUUUUUGUAACUGACUCUAAUAUACUAAGUGCUUAAAAGGCGAUACAGUUUCCAAAGCAAAUUUAGUGCGAGAGGAGAUUUAAAAGCACAUGAACUUUCAAUGAUGUCCCUAAAACCGAGAAAUGUGGACUUCCAGGACACUUGGGCAAGCCUUAAAGAGACGGUGGCAGGAGUUGUAGCACUCCGGGCAGUAGAGCGUGCUGUCUGGAAUAUGCGUUUCUCAGAUGUAUAUGCACUAUGUGUGGCACAUCCGGAGCCUCUUGCUGACCGGCUAUAUGAUGAAACCAGAAAUUUCUUAGAAGAGCAUGUCGGAGAACUUUUAAAAAGAGUCCAAGGGAAUUCACCACUUGAAAGUAGUGAUUACAAUGAUGGUCUGCUUACAAGGUAUGUUGCGGCAUGGAGGGAGUACAGUCAGGGUGUAUCAUAUCUCAAUAGUCUAUAUUCAUAUCUCAAUCUGCAGCAUGUGAAGAAACAGAAGGUUUCUGAUGCCGAAAUAAUAUAUGGUUCAUCAGCGACUGUUAGUUGUCCGGAGCAUGAUUCUAGGCAGUUGGAGGUGGGGGAGCUGGGGCUGGUGACGUGGGAGCGCAUCCUGGUGCAGGCGCUGGCGGCGGGGCUGACGGCGCGCGUGGUGUCCGCGCUAAGCGCCGCGCGUGACGGCCAGCUGGAGCCCGCCAUGGCCGACGUGCUGCACGCCGCCAUACACAGCGCGGUGCAUGCGCAGGCUCACCGCGUGCGCGCGCCGCUGCAGCUGUACCAGCAGCUGGUGCUGGAGCCCUACCUGGCGGCGGCGGCCACGCACCACGCGCGCCGCGCCGCCAGCCUGCUGCAGGACGGAGAUAUAUCGCACUACAUGAAGUAUACACUUGAAGGUUUGGAGCGUGAAAUAAUGCUGGCGUGCCGCUACCUGCACUCGUCGUCGCGCGAGGCGGUGCGCGCGUGCUACGAGCGCGCCGCCGUGGCCGCGCACCUGCCCGCGCUGCACGCGCACACCGAGCGCCUGCUGCGCGAGGCCUGCGCGGACACGCCGCAGGCGCUGCAGCGCCGUGAGGACCUGAAGCGUAUGUACACGCUGCUGAAGCCGAUGAGCGGGCAGGGCGCGCUGCGGCCGCUGGUGGACGCGGCGCACGCGCAGACCGCCCGCGACGGACUGCUGCUGCUAGCCAGUGAACAUAGCAAGGAUGAGGCGCACACACACUUCGUGAACGCGAUGCUGUCGCUACACAAGAAGUACAGCAAACUGUUCAACGAGGUGUUCGGAGGCGCGCAGGCAUUCGUCGGCGCAUUAGAUAAAGCAUGCAGUGCUGUUGUAAACGCUCGGGAGCCAGGAGAGACCUCAGCGAGGGCACCAGAACUCCUAGCUCGGUACUGCGACGCGUUACUACGGAGGAGAGGCGCGGACGCUGAGGCUGAUGAUAAACUGGCAGCAGCUAUCAUAGUCUUCAAAUAUGUAGAUGAUAAAGAUGUCUUCCAGAAACACUACGCGAGAGCAUUAGCAAGAAGACUCAUACACCAACUAUCAGCUUCAAUGGAACAAGAGGAAGCGAUGAUUAACCGCCUCAAAGCAGCCUGCGGAUACGAGUUUACGAAUAAAUUGCACAGAAUGUUCACAGAUGUCGCUGUGUCUGCGGAUCUUAAUGCGAAAUUCCAACAACAUUUAAGAGAUAAUAAUCUAUCUUUGAAUACAGGAUUCUUUAUACAGGUGCUGCAGGCGGGGGCGUGGCCGCUGGGCGGGGCGAUGGCGCCGCUGGCCCCGCCCGCGCAGCUGGAGCGGCCGGCGCGCCUGUUCGAGGCGUUCUACCGCGGCUCCUUCAGCGGCCGCCGCCUCGCCUGGCUGCACCACCUCUGCACCGGCGAGCUGCGCACGCGCUACACGCAGCGCGUCUACCACAUCAGCGCCACCACGCCACAGUGCGCACUACUGCUGAUGUUCGAGAGCGUGGACAGCGUGAGUGUGCGCGAGGCGCGCGACACGCUGCAGCUGAGCGGCGAGGCGUGGACGCGGCACGUGCGGCCCCUGCUCGACAUCGGGCUGCUCGCCGCGCGCGGGAACGUGCCCUCCCUCGCCCCACCCGCCCCCGCCACCGCCCCCGCACCCGCACCCGGGGCGGAGUCCCCCGGCGCGGGGGAGGAGGACGACGCGGACGCGGAGCUGCUCCUCAACCUCUCCUUCACCUCCAAGCGCACCAAGCUGCGGCUGACGUGCGGCGCCGCGACCACACACUCCGGAGGCAGCAGCAGCAGCGGGUCCGGCGGCGGCGGGGAGCCGGCGCACUGCGAGGACGACCGCAAGAUGUACCUGCAGGCCGCGCUCGUGCGCAUCAUGAAGCAGAGGAAGGUUUUGCGACACACGGAAUUAAUUCAAGAAGUGGUGGCGCAGGCGCGGGGCUCGUUCGCGCCAUCUGUCGCCAUGAUCAAGAAGUGCAUAGAGUCACUCAUAGACAAGCAGUACUUAGAGCGAGCGCCCGGCACUCUCGACACAUACGCCUAUCUCGCGUAGAACCACGCCCACCGCCGCGAGACACGCCCCCACCCCCCGCUGGGGGCAGCUACAGCUAAAACAAUAUAAAUAAUGAAUAAUUAUUUAAAAAAUCUACGGAAUUCGGGUUACCAUGGCAACGGAGCUAGAAUUUUGUACAGAAAUUCCUCUUAGAUUAACAACGAUCGUUUCUUCCUCCUAAAGUCAUAGUUUUUAUUAAUGUUUUAACAAUGAAAUUAUUUUCUCUACAUUUCUAAGUUACUAUAGUUUGCUGGUUUUUUUAAAUUAUAUCUCGUUUUCUGAAUUCUUGCUGUUUUUAUCAGUUUUCGUAUUUCUAACGCUAUUAAGAAAAAAUUGCUUUCGAAAAUUAAAUUAAUGUAUUCGCUCCGUACCAUUUAAUUGGAAAUCUCAUACAUAUGCAGCCUUAGAGAUGUUUAAAAUUAUAUUUUGUAAAUCAACGUUGGUAAUAAAUGCAAUCCGUAGUUUAUAAAUUAUUUUAUGUUUCUGAUUUUCGUUUAAAAAGUACUAAGUGUGCUUGUGAUAAAUAGCACUAAGAGGAUCCCUCUCUUUAAAACACAAGUGUAAUAAAAUUUACGAGAAAUGCAUAAAAAUAUUGCUAAUACAACAAAAACAGAAUAUUUUCAGCGCAAAUUGCAAGUAGAUGUGUUAAUUUUUUUUUGUAUAGAUUUUAUAAACAUAGAUUAAAAAAUCGUAUGAAGCAAUCACAAUAAAUGUAUUUUAAAAACGUUUCAGUCAUUUUUUUUAGUAUAUGAUUUUUUUAACAGAUUAUAUUCGAUGCAAUCUGAAAUGGAAUUUGUACAUGAUAGGUUAGUAUGUAACAGAGAAAGUGCGGUCUGUAGUUAGCGGGCGCAGCAUCUCAAAUUAUCAUUAUUUAUCUAUUGAAUAUUGUUUAAUAAAUAUUGUACGGAUGCCGUUU